UUCUAGAAUGAUUGGGCUUUGAAACGAACUCAUCUUGAAGGGCGUUGUGCUACGUUUUCUGUUUGUAGUCGGCAAAAUAACUCCAGUACGAAGGAUAUUGAGUAUUUUUUUUAUUUCUUAUUGCCUAUGUCUUAUAGCCUCUGAGUUUGGUCGCUCGAAAUCCAAAUUAGCAAUUUAAGAUGGCUUCAUGCUCGGCAAACUGAAGUUUCGUGAGUGCGAGAAAAAAAAAAACCCGCUCUGAGAUUGACAAUAUCUAAUUUACGCGCAUGCUCAGGCCUAAAUUGGAUAUUGCGGUGUUCUACGUAGAAAAAAAAAAAGCGGUCACAAUGUGUUUGAUAGAGGGACAGAGUUAAAUUUUCUUUUUUCAGAAAGUUUCAACGUAACUUUUCUUUCUUUUUUUCUUUUUGAGAGAGAAACAUUUUUUUUUUUAUAUGUUACUUGCACAAUAAGUCAUGUACAAGCUCCGAAGUCUAUGACGUGUUUCCGGAUACCCAAAUGCUUCCGCCGCAUUCAACCAGCGAAAGCAUAGUCUUCGAGACUGGCAUCUGUCUAUCCAGAGGGCGCCACCACGAGGGUAUUAAUUCGACCACCACCUAACAACGCAUUUAGUGAUUGUGUACUUUCGGUGGCUGUCUCGUUCCUCAGGUAGUUCCUUUCGGUGGCCAUGGUUGCCAGCCUACCUCUAUUGUUUUUGCGUCUUUCACUUGUGUAUGUGCUUUCAAACAGAGCAGUAACAAUUUUUCGCGCAAGUAAUGACCGCCUCUUCGAGCCAAUCCAGCGCAAAGAUAAAAAUUGUACUGUCUCAUGGUUGAUUCUUUCAAAAAUUUUUCAUUUUUUAUAGGUAUACACAGUUAUCUUUUUUGUUUGUUUGUUGGUGUGCUUGUAGGCAUGUCGAAUACGAUGACCAAUGUAAUCCUCAUUUUCCAAUCACAGAUCUUCAGGGGCAAUACGCACGGCACUCCGAUCCUGGAUCCUAGCUGGGCAUUGAUACACACCGCGGCGAUAUUUCCUUUCGGCGAAACCGUUAUUCCCGAGGCCAUGGUCAAACACAUCUUGAAUGAAGCAGACAUCGUAGGGAUCAGCACGGCCAACAGCACGGACGAGCCCAACUUGCUGAUGAACAGGGUGCAUAACACCGCUCCCUUCCGGUUUGCGUCGCCGCCCAACCCGAUCAUGCCACCCGGCCCGCAUACACGAGGCAUGCUGGACACCCUGGGCGAAUUCCCGCACUGGAAGAACGUGCUCAACAGGUCGAGGCUCUGCUUCUCGGUCACCACCUCGAUCAACUACGCGUACACCAGCGUCGACGGCAUCGACUUCAUUCACGAAGUCCGCUCCGACGAAGACGUGCAACGCUACAGCCGGAGGCGGUUCGUCGCCCCCGUCGGCAACAAGUUGCCGGUGGAGAAGAAGAACAUGGUCUACCACUACGACAACGUCACGCAUACGCAUUACUGGCGCCACCCGCCACCCGGCCAGAAGCUUCUCAGCUUCUUCGCGUACGACAUGGCCGAGACACUCAAAUACAAGGUCGAGCAGAUGCUGAAGGCGUACCCCGACGACCGCUGCGUCGUCUUCGACGACUUGGGCGAAGACGGCCUGGGUGCCAACUUCACUGUGAGGGGGGAAACGUACCAGUGGAAGCCGUACGCCAUGUUCCAGGCCGUCGUGGAUGUCCUGAAUAGCACCACCAUAUAGGACCCC